CCGAAGCACCUCCGCCCUAUCUAUCCUCCUCCUCCCCGUCUCACUCACAUAAGAAAAAGCAGCGGCGGCACCUGAAGCAGUCCUCGUCACCUGUUGGGGAGAGGAAGAAGCUCCACAUCUCCCACGCCCAUGGCUUCCACCACUACUCUCUCAACGGCUGCCACCCCGUCUCAGCUGUGCGCGAGUAAGAAUGGGAUGUCGUCGCCAUCCGGAGCUCUUCUGUGCAAGCCCGUGAGGGGGCUGCCGGGCCUGGGAAAGGAGAGAAGUCGAACGAUCACUUGCCAGGCGACGAGCAUCCCCGCCGACAGAGUGCCGGACAUGGGGAAGAGGCAGCUUAUGAACCUUCUUCUUCUCGGCGCUGUGUCGUUGCCCACCGCCGGCAUGCUGAUUCCCUACGCCUCCUUCUUCGUUCCUGUUCAGGAGGAGCCGGUGGUGGAACCAUAGCCAAAGAUGCACUUGGAAACGAUGUCAUUGAAGCUGCCUGGUGACAGAACACUCACCCAGGGGUUAAAGGGAGACCCAACUUAUCUUGUGGUGGAGAAUGACAAGACUUUGGCAACCUACGGCAUCAAUGCAGUGUGCACCCACCUUGGCUGUGUUGUUCCAUGGAAUGCUGCUGAGAAGAAGUUUAUUUGCCCUUGCCAUGGAUCUCAGGACAAGAACCAAGGCAAGGUUGUGAGAGGCCCUGCACCCUUGGUAAGCCUUCAUUCCUCUGUCUCUUUGUAUCUGAAUUGCCAUUGCCUUCUGUAGGGCUGAAAACAAAAUUAAAUCCCAUGCUGAUGAUAAAGAUUUUGGUUGGAUUUCCAAUAAUCCCAAAAGCUUAAUUAUUAGAUUAUUAGAUUCUAGGGAGUGUUGAGAAUAUAAAUGAAUAGAUCAUAUCUCAUAUCUCUUCUUUAGCUUAGCCUUUAGAUGGCAAACCUGAUGUUCAAGUUAAAUCUUCGCAUGGAUAUGUUAUAUACCUUCAAAUAUAACAUGGUAAUGAGUUUGAAUCUUGUAUCGGAUAUACCAUGGUAACCCAAUCAAAAUAUUUAUCAUGAUAUCAAAGUAGGAAAUGAGUUUGAAUCUUGUAUCUAUCACUCUUUUUUCCAAUAUUUAUGCAACGAUCUUCUAUUUAAUUUGACUUACAUCAUUUAUUUAGUUUCAACUUCAAAUAACAAGCCUAAAUCAACUUGUACACGCGAUGCUGGAAUUUAAUAUGAAUUGUGCUCUUUUCUAAUUGCUUGGACUUUUGAGAUCAGUUCUAUUAAUAUCUUUAUCAUCGUAAAUAUUUUCUUUUUAGCUAUUCUAUUCCAUUGCAUCUAAAGGAUAAGAAUGUAUCAGUCAUAUAUACCAGUGGGUAGCUUUCACAGUACACUAAGCUGGGAUUUGUUUGGCUUUGGCUCAUGUUGACAUUGAUGAUGGAAAGGUUGUGUUUGUGCCCUGGGUGGAGACAGACUUCAGAACAGGGGAUGCGCCAUGGUGGGCUUAAACCAUCACCAUUGCCUUCAUGUUCAUCUGCAACUCCAACACUAAUUUGUCCAUCUGCAAUCUAUACAUACAUCUGCUGCACCAUCUACAAACACUUGCUCGUGUAAUUUCCAGGUGAUGAACAUCACAAAAUGCAAUACAAGUUUGGAGAUUGGUCAUGCUUCUCUGUUCAAUACAUUUUUGCCUUGUCCUGUGUUCUUUUUUUUUGGGAUGCAUAUCUGGAUUUCAUCCUUAUUUGAGAGGAGAAAUCUCCAAUUGAAACUUGGAUCAUGCUUGAAGAAAUUUGGUACGGAUCCUCAAAGGCACUGUU